AUGAAAAAGGAAGCAGUAGAUAGGGAAAAGGAAGAAUUUCAUAUGAAAAAGGAAGCAGUAGAUAGGGAAAAGGAAGAAUUUCAUAUGAAAAAGGAAGCAGUAGAUAGGGAAAAGGAAGAAUUUCAUAUGGAAAAAGAAGCAUUAGAUAGGGAAAAGGAAGAAUUUGAUCGGGUGUUGGAAGAAUUUGAUAGGGAAAACAAAGAAAGAGAGCAUCAAUUACAGGAUUUCAAAAUGGAAAAAGAAGAAUUUCAUAUGGAAAAGGAAGCAUUAGAUAAGGAAAAGGAAGAAUUUCAUAUGGAAAAGGAAGCAUUAGAUAGGGAAAAGGAAGAAUUUCAUAUGGAAAAGGAAGAAUUUCAUAUGGAAAAGCAAGCAUUAGAUAGGAAAAAGGAAGUAUUAGAUAGGGAAAAGGAAGCAUUAGAUAGGGAAAAGGAAGAAUUUGAUAGGGAAAACAAAGAAAGAGAGCACCAAUUACAGGAUUUCAAUAUGGAAAAGGAAACUUCAGAUAGGGAAAAGGAAGAAUUUCAUGUGGAAAAGGAAGCAUUAUAUAGGGAAAAGGAAGAAUUUUAUAUGGAAAAGGAAGCAUUGGAUAGGGAAAAGGAAGAAUUUGAUAGGGUAAACAAAGAAAGAGAGCACCAAUUACAGGAUUUCAAUGAAAAAACAGAAAAAAUAGCACAACUGUGGAAAACUAAAAAGGAACGAAUGCAGAAAGUAGAGCAGGAACUCUAUCAGAAAAUGAUAGACUUCAAAGAAAUGAAAGCAGAGUUUCUUAAAGAGAAAGAACAGUUUCUAAAGGAAAGGGAAGAUUUUUAUCAAAAGAAAGAGGAGACCAUUCAUAGUAUAGAGAGGCGAGUAAUAGAGGAAGUGCAGGUAGAGGAAAAUUUAAAUUGGAAAGCAACAAAAGAGAGGGAAGUACAGCUGGAGAAGAAGAUUGAAGAACUUGAAAAGAGCAAUAAAGGAAAAGACAUGCAACUGGAAGAACUUGAAAAGAGCAAUAAAGGAAAAGACAGGCAACUGGUAGAAAAUAGGAUUGAGAAAUGCAAUCUUUUGCAUAAUCUUUACAGAAGGGGACUUGUGGAUGAAGAAACGGUGCAAAAUUUCAUGGAAGAUACGAUACACCAAUACAGACUAUAA